UUGCAGUAGUUAGUGCUUGCGAGCAUGAGCCUGAAACUGGACAACCUGGGAAGCGGCGAGCAGAUCACAAAACUGUUUCCCAAGUGUCGGCCGCGUGACGUCAACCUCAACCCACUGCCUCUGCCGCCCGACAACCACCAUGUCACCGCCCCACACACCCCUGUCGUCGUCGCCGCCGCCCCACACCAGCAGCCGCCCCCGCUCUCUCUCGCUGCCCUAGUCAUGGACUCUGAUCACCAGCCUGAUCGAUCGGAGUGUGAAGGUGAGGAGAGCUGUAGUCAAGAAGAAACAUCAAUGGAGGAGAGCAAUGAGGAGGAGGAGGAGGAGGACGAGAACUCGGUCCCUCCUCCAGACAACAAAGUUGUACUUCAGCUCUCGACCGGAAAUAAACCAACUUAUAAGCUUAGAGAUUCUAGGAUAAUUGAGAUAGCGGGCGGACGGGAAGUUUUCUGUCAGAGUCGCAGUAAAGCGCUGAGGAAAUCUAGGUCAGAAGACAAAAUGAAUUCAUCAGCUCGUAGAGUGAAAUCACCUGACAGACCUGGAGGUAUAUGGGAGUUGCGAUCCAGAGCGAGUGAAGGGAAGAAGAACCAUGGCUCUCAUGAAGUGACUGAAACUGUCUUCUCAUCGGAGGUUCGUUCUGUGAAGCAUGCCAGGACUGCCUCGAACAAAGUGUCUGGAGGCGGUUCAGUGGUGUUCGAUGACAUAGAAGAGAAUUGGACUGGCCGGGGGCGAGGCAGGGGAAGGGGGGUCCCGUCUGGGGGCGGCAUCUCGUCUGGAGGCAGCACUCCCAGUCCCCCCGGGGGCAACUACCAUUGCAGUGUUCCUCCUGCCCACUUUUUCAAGGUAUCGAACUCAGUGUCUGACGGUGAGUCGAUUUCGCCAGAGAGAGAGCGAGCCGACAGCAAAGUGACGCGUGUGAUUGGAGGAUUGCCGAUCGCCGAAUACGAGGGCUCUCCCAGAAGAUAUGGGCCUCGACCUCAGGACAACCCAGUUCUUCCCAGUGCGCAUAGCCUGCUUGCCUCGCCAUCUGUUUAUAUGCCCCGCCCUGGAUUUUCCUCAGUGCUGGUGUUGAGGGUUGUCUCUGACGAUGGUGAAGGACCCAACGAUGAGCAGAGUCCAUCGCAUUCUCUAAUGAACGAAACACGGACGACUUUCGAUUACCUCUAUGAAUUCUCUGAAACGCGUAAAGUUCUUGAGGACUUUUUCAAACCGAGUGAUAAUAAACAGAAUAGCUCGCAACAGUUUCAGGAGCUAGACUAUGAGUUGAGAAGGCAGGGUGGAGACAACGCCUACGUUGGUCUUAGGCUAGCAAAGCCUCAGGACGAAACCCCCUCAGAUCCAGUAAGAAAGCCAAGUAGCAAUGGGGAUCCUACUACAAUAGACCUGCUAAACUUACAGGAAGGUUGUGAAGAGCUAGAGACUGAAGUGUGCGGGGGCGGUGGAGGUGGCGGAGGUCAGAGCCGCAACUUCACGCUGUCGCCGGAGACAACCGACUGCGACUCGAACUGCGACAGCGAAGCCUCAUCACUACUGGCGGCGGUCGCAGCAGCCGCCUCCGACCCGACACCUGCCGCCCCCACCAUGCCCGUGCUCGAGGACGGUCUGUCGUCCGGGCACACGUCCGACACCGACAACAACAACCCGACCGUGUUGCUGAUGAAGCGACAGAUCACCGAGAUCGAACGGGAGAUUGUGGAGCGUACCAACCGCCAGAACGGGGGCGGGAAGAUGGUGAACGGUAGCGGUGGUGGGACAGGUGGAGGCGGCAAGAUGGUCAACGGAGGCGGUGGAGGCGGGAAGUCUAGUUCGGGCGACGAGGAACCGCCCAAAAAGAGUGCAUUCGCGGCUAUCAUUGAUCCCGCCGAUAUCGAUUUGGAAUCGUUGGAUCCACUCAGUGGUGUCUGCGACCGUACACCUCCUCCGCCGCCAGCACCCGCCCCCCACCGCCGCCUGAGCCUGGACACACCGCCCCAGGCUGCUACCCCCUCUGCCCCCAGCGUGGAGGCGGCACUAAAGGACAUCCGCCUCACGCUGCAGCGCACCAAGACACUGCCCCUCCGCUCGCCGCCCAGCCAGACCCCGCCCCUUCAACUCAACACCAGUCCCAUAUGGAUUCCAAGGCGGAGAGGCCAAACUGGAACGAGUGGCCCCAGUGGUGAUGAAGAAGAAGCAGAUACCGAUCUGGAAACUGACAGACUUCUUGGACAGCAAAGAACUGAUGAUCAUGGCUUCUACGAGGAGAAAGUGGGGUGGAGAAAAGCGAAGACGAGGGGUAGUUCGGGUGUUGUUGUCACCCCCAUCAACAACAACAACAACAAUAACAACAACAGUAACAAUAACGGCACAAGCAAGCCGUCACCGACGCAGUCUGUGUCAUCGGGUGGAGGGGGUGGAAUAGGGGAGGGUGGUGGAGGUCCCCCCACCACCUCUCUCAGCCCUCACUCCCCCUCCUCGCCUCCCUCUUCCGCCAAUGAAACCGCCGCCAACGGAAAGGCGAAAAAGACGCUCACGGAAAUCGUGGCUCAGCUUUUUACGGCCACAACAAGCAACGGAUCAGCGCUUACUAUCGGUCGCAAACUUCUACCACAUUACUUUUACCACCACUUUACUGUUUUUUCAUCGACCUGUCAUGAGGUGAGCUGCAGCUCUGAUUCAAACUACAUUCGCCCCAGUAAAGGCGACAACAAAUUGUAG